GGUACCAUUGAAGUGUCAAUUUUUUCGUCUUCGCCAUUUUUGCAAAAAGAAUAGACUGAAGUGCAAACGUUGUUAAUAUUGAAGCGAAAAAUAGUUAAUUUGCAUCGUAUUUUGUAAAAUCAAAAUAAUCUUAAAAAAUGGGUAGAAAGAAGAAGAAGGCAUCAAAGCCAUGGUGUUGGUACUGCAAUCGCGAAUUCGACGACGAAAAGAUCUUGGUUCAACAUCAAAAAGCGAAACAUUUCAAAUGUCACAUCUGCCAUAAGAAACUGUACACCGGACCGGGCUUAUCCAUACAUUGCAUGCAGGUGCACAAGGAAACAAUUGACAAAGUGCCGAACUCGUUUCCGAAUCGAUCGAAUAUUGAAAUUGAAAUAUUUGGAAUGGAUGGAAUACCGCCGGAAGAUUUGAAAGAACACGAACGACAGAAAACCGGAUCCGGUGGCAGAUCUGAUUCGGACGAUGAUGAACCAGCUUCGAAGAGGGCGAAACCUGAAGUAAAUUUGGGAAUGCCACCUCAGCCAACAAUGAUGAUGCCUAAUAUGAUGCCACCACACAUGAUGGGUCAAUACGGACACAUGCCAAUGAUGCCAAUGGGACCGAUGCCACCAUACAUGGCGAAUCCACAGCAAAUGCAAAUGAUGCAACAAAUGAUGGGUGGACCUCCGCGACCAUUGUUUCCAGCUGCUGCAGCCGUUAGUUCUGUUCCGACACAACCGAAACCCACAUUUCCGGCUUACAGUAAUGCCACAAUCAGUGCACCUCCCACGACAAACAAUCCCAACAAUCCGAGCAACAACGGAACGGUUGAAGCUCCCAAAUCGACAAUGAUCCCGACUACAGGUACAACAUCAAAGAUACUGCAUCCGCCCGAGGACAUCAGUUUGGAGGAAUUGCGGGCGCGCAAACCGAAAUACAAUAAGAAAAUCGCGUCGGCAAUUCAAUCGGCCGCAAAUCAUUCCGGGCAACAACAAGCGAUGCAUCAACCAACGCAUAGUGUUGCGUCGACUAUGGCCCAAAUGGUUCAGACGACCAGCGCUUCGAUGGUAUCACAUGCACAUGAAGCAGCAGCAAUGGUUGCUCAAGCGGCUGCGGCCCAUCAGCAUCAACAACAACAGCAAAAGCAAUUGGACGAAAUCAAUCGGGCUGUAAUGUUUCAAAGACUGCAGCAAGCGGCUAACGCUAGACCUGGUCCCCCAAUGGGAAUGCAUCAUCAUUAUCGUGAUAUGAAACCGAUGCUUGAUAGGAUGUCUUUUAGCAACGUAUUCAAUGAGCCAACGUCUCAUUAUCAAGUUCCCGUUGUCUCAAAUCCCAUGCAACUGAUGCAGCCCAUGAUGCGACCGGCAAUGGCACUGGCACCAACACCACAGUUCGCACACAUGAUGAGACCCGGGCACCAUCCCAUGGGUCUACCACCAGGUUUGAUCGCGCCCGGCGUCGGUAUGGUUGCGCCCGGUGGCAUGGGUAUCAUGAUACCCGGACCGAUGAAUCAUAUGCUUCCGAUGAUGCCGCCACGCUUUCGGUGAUCCGCUACGCAGGGGCCUCUGUGCCUGGCCCCCGUGAUGCAUCUACCAAUGCCAAUCAUCUACCAAUAAAUUCUUUGACAGAAAAAAAACCAAAUGUGAAACAAACAAAAAACAAAAAAGCAAUAAAACGAAGAAAACACAGACACA